UUCAGCCAGCAGGAGUUCUUCACCGUGGUUUUCCAGCCGUUCUUCUAUGAAAUCACCCUGUCACCAUCCUUGGAGGAGCCCCUGACCCAGGAUCCCACCACACUUGCCUGGAGCCUCUGGAACAGGAUGAUGGAGCCAGCAGGACAGAAAGUGGAGCUAGUCAGUGCAAAAGAGAAGAGGCCAGUGAAGUGUCCCUCUCAGGAGAACCCCUAUCUGUACACCUACCGGAAUAGCAACUACCUGACCAGGUGGCCAAAACCCCAAGGGAAGUUUGAGGUGAGAGAAGGAAUGGAAAUCAGAUGUCCUGACAUGGACCCCUCCAAUACGAUUCCCACCUCAGUUCACAGGCUGAAGCCUGCUGACAUCAGUGUAAUUGGAGCCUUGGGCGACUCUCUCACGGCAGGCAAUGGGGCCGGGUCCACACCUGGGAACAUCUUGGAUGUAUUGACUCAGUACCGAGGCCUGUCCUGGAGUGUUGGCGGCGACCAGAACAUCAGCACGGUCACCACCCUGGCAAACAUCCUGAGGGAAUUUAACCCUUCCUUGAAGGGCUUCUCUACUGGCAAAGGGAAAGAAAACAGUCGUGGAGCCUUCUUAAACCAGGCGGUGGCAGGAAACAAAGCUGAGCACUUGCCUGCCCAGGCCAGGAGGCUGGUGGACCUGAUGAAGAAUGAUACGAGGAUACAUUUUCAGGAGGACUGGAAGAUAAUAACGCUGUUUAUAGGAGGCAAUGACCUCUGUGAUUUCUGCAAAGACCCGGUCCACCAUUCACCCCAGAACUUCACAGACAACAUCAGGAAGGCGCUGGACAUCCUCCACGCUGAGGUUCCUCGGGCGUUUGUGAAUCUGGUGAAAGUGCUCCAGAUCAUCCCCCUGAGGGAGCUGUACCAGGAGACUAAAGUCAACUGCCCAAGGCUGAUCCUCAGGUCUCUGUGUCCCUGUGUCCUGAAAUUUGAUGAUAACUCAACAGAACUUGCCUCACUCAUCGAAGUGAAUAGGAGAUACCAGGAGGGAACUCACCAGCUGGUAGAGAGUGGACGGUACGACACAAGGGAAGAUUUUACAGUGGUGGUGCAGCCGUUCUUUGAAAUAGUGGACAUGCCAAAGACCGCGGAGGGAUUGCCUGACAGCUCUUUCUUCGCUCCUGACUGUUUCCAUUUCAGCCUCAAGGCUCACGCCCGUGCAGCCUCCGGCCUCUGGAACAAUAUGCUGGAACCUGUGGGCCAGAAGACAACACAUCAUAAUUUUGAAAACAAGAUCAGUAUCACAUGUCCGAACCAGGUCCGGCCGUUUCUGAGCACCUACAAGAACAACGUGCAGGGUCAUGGGACUUUGCUGUUGUGCAGAGACAGAGCCCCUUCUGCCUCAACCCCCACCUCAGUGCAUGCCCUGAGACCGGCAGAUAUCCAAGUUGUGGCUGCUCUGGGGGAUUCCCUGACCGCUGGCAAUGGAAUCGGCUCCAAACCAGGCGACCUCCUGGAUGUCACCACCCAGUAUCGGGGACUGUCGUUUAGUGCAGGAGGGGACGGCUCCCUGGAGAAUGUGACCACCUUACCUAAUAUCCUUCGAGAGUUUAACAGAAAUCUCACAGGCUACGCGGUGGGCACAGGUGGUGCCAAUGACAUGAAUGCAUUCCUCAAUCAAGCUGCUCCUGGAGCGAAGGCUGAGGAUCUUAUAAGCCAAGCCCAGACUUUGGUACAAAAGAUGAAAGAUGACCAUAGAGUAAAUUUUCAUGAAGACUGGAAGGUCAUCACGGUGCUGAUUGGAGCCAAUGAUUUAUGUGACUUCUGCACAGAUUCGAAUCUAUAUUCUGCAGCCAACUUUUUUGGCCAUCUCCGCAAUGCCUUGGACAUCCUACACAGAGAGGUGCCCAGAGCCCUGGUCAACCUCGUGGACUUCAUAGACCUCAGUGCCAUCCGUCAGGUGUUCCUGGGAAACCCAGACAAGUGUCCAGUACAGCAGGCCAGCAUGUUGUGUAACUGUGUUCUGACCCCGCGGGAGAACUCCCAGGAGCUGGCCAGGCUGGAGGCCUUCGCCCGAGCCUACAAGAGCAGCAUGCGUGAGCUGGUGGAGUCAGGUCGCUACGACACACGGGAGGACUUUGCCGUGGUGCUGCAGCCCUUCUUCCAAAACGUUUCGCUCCCUGUCCUGGCGGAUGGGCGCCCAGAUACAUCCUUCUUUGCCCCAGACUGCACCCAUCCAAGUCAGAAAUUCCACUCCCAGCUCGCCAGGGCCCUUUGGGUCAAUAUGCUUGAACCACUUGGAAGCAAAGUGGAUGCCCUGGAGCUGACAGCAGAGAUCCCCCUCACCUGCCCCACACAGAAUGAGCCCUUCCUGAGAACCCCCCGGAACAGUAACUACACGUACCCCGCCAAGCCAGCCAUUGAGAACUGGGGCAGUGACUUUCUGUGUAUGGAGUUGAAUCCUUCCAGCAGUGUUCCAACCUCUGUCCAUGAGCUCCGACCUGCAGACAUCAAAGUGGUGGCUGCCCUGGGUGACUCCAUGACCACAGCAAAAGGAGCUCGAGCAGACAACUCCAGUGGCACAAUCACAUCCUGGAGGGGACUUUCUUGGAGCAUUGGAGGGGAUGAGGUCUUGGAGACACACACCACACUGCCCAACAUUCUGAAGAAGUUCAACCCUAACCUCCUUGGGUUCUCUACUGGCACCCGGGAGGAGACUACUGGACUAAAUGUAGCAGUAGAAGGAGCCAGAGCUCGGGACAUGCCAGCCCAGGCCUGGGACCUGGUGAAGCGAAUGAAAAACAGCUCUGAAAUCAACCUGGAAAAAGACUGGAAGCUGGUCACACUCUUCAUUGGCAGCAACGACCUGUGUCAUUACUGCGAGAAUCUGGAGACCCAGUCAGGCCAGGAGUAUAUUCAGCACAUCCAGCAGGCACUGGACAUCCUCUAUGAGGAGCUUCCAAGGACUUUCGUCAACGUAGUGGAGGUCAUGGAGCUGGCCAGCCUGUAUCAGGGCCACGAUGGGAAAUGUGCCACGCUGGCAGGGCAGAGCAGCUGCUCUUGCUUUAGAUACGCUGAAAACUCUCUGGAGAUGCAAGAACUGAAGAGAGUAAACUGGGACUUCCAGAGAUCCGUCUCCAGGUUCUACUGGCACCGUUACAUGCAGCGUGAGGACUUUGCAGUUGUGGUGCAGCCUUUCUUCCAGAACACUCUUGUGCCACUGAACGAGAGAGGGGACCCUGACCUCACCUUCUUCUCCGAAGACUGUUUCCACUUCUCAGAUCGUGCCCAUGCUGAGAUGGCCAUCGCACUCUGGAACAACAUGCUGGAACCAGUGGGCCAUAAGACGACCUCCAACAACUUCACCCACAGCCGAGCCAAACUCAAGUGCCCCUCUCCUGAGAGCCCUUACCUCUACACUCUGCGGAACAGUCAGCUACUCCCAGACCAGGCUGGAAAAGGCCCCACGACGUUCUACUGGGCAGUGCCAGUGGCAGCAGGAGGCGGCCUUGUGUUGGGUGUGGUCGGGACAAUGGUCUGGAAGGGCAUAAGAGGUUGCCGGAGGGAAGAUCCUCAGUGAGGCUGCAGGCGCCUAGGCCUGGUUUGUGGUCCUCAGCUGCUCCUGGACACCACGACAGAUGUGCUAAAACACCUGGUAACAUAGGAAGCCAAAGGGAUGGUCACAACUUCUUGGUUCCCAGUCUGCUUCCAGGCCUGUGUGCAAAUCUAAAUAAAA